AUGAGGAUUCAAACAAAGCUAUCGCGGAAAUCACAGAAAGAAUCAAAACCAUUAUCGAUUAUCAUCUACACCGUAGUGGCCAUUUUAUUCGUCGUCGUUGUCUGGUUGAACAUUGUGGUUACAAAAGCUGGCAAAUCUUCCCUUCUAGAAAACGACAAUCUGAAGCCACCUCCAAAGCCAGAGAAGCUAGAGGAUCGAAAGGGUGGAGCAAUAAUCGAAGAUGCGUCCCUAAACGAUGGUGAACCAACUAUCAAAACUCCAAAUGGAUCAGUACUUCCUUCUGCAAAGGCACUUUUGUCUAGACCACCACCCUAUGGAGAUUCUCAAGUGCGCUUUUUCUCGGACACUAUGAUCGAUUCUCCAAACACAGUAGUCACGGCCUAUCAUAGAGUCCCAUCGAAAUUCCAUGCCGGGAAAUACGAUGAGUGGAUGAAGAAUAUUUUAAGUCUGCAAGAUGCCAUGGUCAUAUUUACAUCAGAUGAUAUGGUAGACCAGGUCAAGAAUAUGAGGCAGCACGCGUUGGACCGCACAGUCAUUGUCACCUUGGAGCUAAAUGAUCUUCCUUAUGGUACUCUGUAUCCAACUAAAUUUUGGGAGGAUCAGCUGAAGCGCGACCCUGAAAAGCGGAUACACCGAUCCUAUCAAUUGUUCUGGAUAUGGUUGAGCAAAUCAUGGUUCGUGAACGAAGCCAUACGGUUGAAUGUCUUCCAAAGCGAUCUUUUUAUGUACUCUGAUAUUGGAUGUUUCCGAAUGAAAAGAUAUAAUUCCAAAACGAUGAUCCAACACAGAGAAGUAGUUCCUCCGAACGAAAUGUUGCAAAUGGCACAUCACAAACCAAACCCACCAAAAGAAGAUCUCUUCAACGACAAGUACAGGCAUUUUGAAAAUUUCUAUCACAGCGGAUCUCAGUCUGUGGCGUAUAAGGACACUUGGAUCAAAUUUCAUGAAUACUUUCUGGAUACUAUCGAUCGGUUUUUGGAAAAAGAUAUGAUUUUAGUCGAGGAUCAAGCAAUUCUGCAGAGUGUAUGCUUGUCGCAUCCAGAAAUCUGUGUAUACAUUCCUUUCACAGAAGUUCGCGACAAUCAUUACUUCGGAUUGCGCUACCUGGUGCAUUAUGGAGGAAAGUUCAACUUUUGGAGCUUCAAUGCAGGUAGCCCCUUGAUCAUGCUUGAUCUGGCAAACGCUGUUGAGCAAUUUGGACAUGUCCAGUCUGUAUACUCCUCCAUUGACUUUCCAGAGUCCAUUUGA